GUUUGUGACUCACUUGACGUAAAUUAGAAUGCUAGAUGAUAGGAAGUAUGCAACUUUUAUACAGGAUGGAAAGAAUAAAAGCUUUCUCCUAAAAAGUAUGGUGGGAUGUGGAAAAGUAGAAAUUGGGGGCGUCUAAAAUUUUCCCUAAAUUUUUUGAAUACCUUUCUUCAUAUUGCCCUCAGCGCACGAGGUGGCACGUAAAUUUCAGUUCUUGUUAAAUAUCUGAAAGAGAGAGGGGCUGUUGGUUUGUUGCCAAAAGAGCUUGAAGGAACGACGAAGAAGCGAGGGAAGAGUUCAGUUUUAGAGAGAGAAUGAUUGCUGCCAAGUUGGCUCGGCCAUUGGCCAGUCGCAGGAACCAAUUUAGUCGCAUCUCCAACUCUGUUGGUCUUCUAAGAGGACAUGGACAUGGUUUGGCCCCAGAAAAGAAAGCCAGAUAUGUUGUCUCCCCCAUUGGAGACUCGCUGACAUCAACGCACAGCUUCCACCUUAGCGAUGGAUCCAGAGCUUUUGAUUCAACUGAGGUUUCUCAGCUUGCAAAAUGCAAGGAAAUUUUUUCACAAAGUGUGACUCAAAUGGGUUCACAUAUGGCAGCCAUAUAUUAUACCUCUUGCACUAAGAGCAAGAGAUUUACCAACACCUUUGCUGGUUCACUGAUCCCUGCAAAAAGAGGAUUUGCAACUGACUCGGGGCUUCCUCUGCACCAAGAAAUAGGAAUGCCGUCUCUCUCUCCCACAAUGACCGAGGGUAACAUUGCGAGGUGGCUGAAAAAGGAGGGGGAUAAGGUCUCACCUGGCGAAGUUCUAUGUGAAGUUGAGACAGAUAAAGCUACAGUUGAGAUGGAAUGCAUGGAAGAAGGCUAUCUAGCGAAGAUAGUACAGGGGGAUGGAGCAAAGGAAAUCAAAGUUGGGGAGGUGAUUGCAAUAACUGUGGAAGAAGAGGAUGACAUAGCCAAGUUCAAAGAUUACACAGGUCCAUCUUCCACUGCUUCUGCUGCCCCUUCUUCUGGUGGUUCAUCUGAACAAGCCCCACCUAAAGAAGAUGUUCCCCAGACUUCUAGUGUUCCUGAAUUAAAGAGUAAAAAGACAGAUGGACUUUCUCAACCAGAUGAUCGCAUUUUCUCAAGCCCCCUCGCACGAAAGAUGGCAGAAGAUCACAAUGUGCCCCUUUCAAGCAUCAAAGGUACAGGUCCUGAUGGGCGCAUUGUGAAGGCUGACAUUGAAGAUUACUUAGCUAAGCAGGGUCCUACGCCUGUGUCCAAGGUGAAGGAUACUAGAGUAUCUCAAACACUAGAGUAUGAAGAUAUUCCACUUUCACAGAUAAGGAAGGUUACUGCAUCACGCUUGUUGCUAUCAAAGCAAACUAUUCCUCACUAUUAUUUAACUGUCGAUACACGCGUUGACAAACUUAUGGAAUUGCGAGGCCAGCUUAAUUCCUUGCAGGAAGGCUCUGGGGGGAAGCGUAUUUCUGUCAAUGACUUCGUAAUAAAGGCAGCUGCCCUCGCUCUUCGUAAAGUUCCUCAAUGCAACAGUGCAUGGAUGAAUGAGUUCAUAAGACAGUACCAUGAUGUCCAUGUUGGGGUUGCAGUGCAGACUGACAAUGGGUUAUAUGUUCCUGUCAUUAAGAAUGCAGACAAGAAGGGACUAUCUAUAAUAGCUGAAGAUGUGAAACAUUUGGCGCAAAAAGCGAAAGAUAACAAUCUAAAGCCAGUAGAUUAUGAGGGCGGCACAUUCACUGUGUCAAACUUAGGAGGGCCCUUCGGAAUUAAACAGUUCUGUGCUAUCAUCAAUCCACCCCAAGCUGGCAUUUUGGCUGUGGGAUCUGCUGAAAAGAGAGUGAUACCUGGACAAGUGCCUGAUCAAUAUGAUAUAGGCUCCUUCAUGUCUGUCACAUUAAGCUGUGAUCACCGCGUGAUUGAUGGGGCCAUUGGUGCAGAGUGGCUAAAGGCAUUUAAAGGGUACAUUGAGGAUCCAGUAUCAAUGCUGUUGUAGUUUUUUCCCUUGGAUUUUUUGAGGAAAUCAGCCUCUCAAUUUGUUGCCAGGACAUUGUUUGUUCACUAGCUCGUUCUCAGAGAUUCACAAUAUCUCGUUGAACAUUUUUGCGGCUGUGUCGGAAUAAGAGCUUUUAUUAUUGUGUAGAGAUAAUAAAUGUUUUAUUUUCUAGUGCUUCAGUCGCAUAUUGUGAGCAGGACUGAAUUAGCUUUGAUUUUCAUUUUUUUUCCUUUCCUUCUGUUUUGUUUUUUCUUUUGCCAAUUUACUACAGAAUAUAUAUUUGUUACAUGUGGUUUCUUUGGCAUUUUUAUUCCAUUCUGUUCAACUUUCUUCCUACUA